AAGGGAACUCAGCAAAGGAGGAACUUGGUUUUUAUUGAAGUGAAUUGAAAAUAUGAAAGGGCUUGGCUUCAUCACUUUCUUCUUACUUAUCUUGUUUGCGAAUACCAUAGAAUCAGGGUAUGAAUUGGGAGAUCGUCAUCGGAGAAAUUUGAUUGACGACAAAUCGUUUCAUGAAACAAUUAUCCAUUCUGAUCCAAACUCACUUCUUUCUGAGAAUAAGAUGGACGAUUGCACCCAAACCUUGAAGCUUGUAGAUGGAAAACUUUUCGUCCAGAAUAUUAAGCCACGGCCAAGUGCGACAUUUUAUCCUAAUGAUAUCAAAACGAAGCAAUUUACUAAAGAUUUAGAGCCACGACCAAGUGCCACAUUCUAUCCCGAUGAUGUCAAAACGAAGCUCUUUACUAAAGAUUUAGAGCCACGGCCAAGUGCCACAUUCUAUCCCGAUGAUGUCAAAACAAAGCUCUUUACUAAAGAUUUAGAGCCACGACCAAGUGCCACAUUCUAUCCCGAUGAUGUCAAAAUGAAGCUCUUUACUAAAGAUUUAGAGCCACGACCAAGUGCCUCGUUUUAUCCCGAUGAUGUCAAAAAGAAGCUCUUUACUAAAGAUUUAGAGCUACGACCAAGUGCCUCGUUUUAUCCCGAUGAUGUCAAAACGAAGCUCUUUACUAAAGAUUUAGAACCACGACCAAGUGGCACAUUUUAUCCGGAGAAUCUAAAAGCCAAAGAGUUCUUUGUUGAUGCUCACCAGGAUGAAGCUAACAGACAGGUGGCACAAGCUUAAUAAAUCUAAACAGCAAGAGAGGAAAUCAAGAAAAUAAAUAAUGUCAAGUGAAGAAAAUUGAUGGAACGUUUAUGAAUCCUCUAUUGCUAUGAUCCAACAUUUUCAUGGUUUGUAUAAUUUACUUUUCUGUUGAAUGUGAAGUGACCUUGGUAAAAAGAUAAGUUGUAUGUAUGAAUAAAAUUAUGAGGAAACUGUCUCCGUUGAAAUCUUCCAUUAUCCAAAUGAAGUGGGAGACACUUUAAUUAAUGGGUUAAACAAUGUAACACUUUAUAUAAUGAAAUGAAUGAAAUAAGUUUGAUGAUA